AUGCAUCUCAAAUCCCUCCUCUCAACCGUCCUUGUCCCAGUCAGUCUAGUGUCUGCCUGGGAUGCCCCCUCCUACGCCGGGUUUACCCGCAUCUGGCAAGACAACUUCGCGGGCGCGGCCGGCGAGGGUGUAAACAGCGGCAACUGGAACAUCAUCACCAACCUGCGCGUCAACAACGAGCUGCAGGACUACACCACCUCCCGCUCCAACCUCCAGCUCUCCGGCGGCAACACCGUGCAGAUCGUCCCCUGGAGGACCACCGCCGGCGGCUGGACCUCGGCGCGCAUCGAGUCCAAGUACACCUUCACCCCGGCCGCGGGCCGCCUCACCAUGGCCGAGGGCUACAUCCGCUUCGGCGACAACCCCAUCGCGAACAAGCGCGGCAUGUGGCCCGCCUUCUGGAUCCUGGGCGACGCGAUCCGGAACGGCGUCGGCUGGCCCCGCUGCGGCGAGCUCGACAUCCUCGAGACCGUCAACGGACAGCUCACGGGCUACGGCACCGUGCACUGCGACGUCAACCCCGGCGGCGCGUGCAACGAGCCCAACGGCAUCGGCGGAGCGACGGGUAUUCCCGACCAGGGAUGGCACACCUGGCGUAUCCAGUGGGAUCGUCGGUCGAACUACUGGCAGACCGAGACGAUUACUUGGUUCCGCGAUGGGCAGCAGUUUCACCAGAUUUCCGGUGCCCGUAUUGGAAGUGAAGCAAUCUGGAACACGCUUGCUCGCGCACCGCUCUUCUUCAUCUUGAAUGUUGCUGUUGGAGGCAACUGGCCCGGCAAUCCCGAUGCCUCGACGCUGGCUGGGUACGGCAGCAUGAUGGAGACGGCCUACGUUGCUGUCUACCAGUCUUAG